UCCGCCCCGGGAGCUUCGGUUGCGCGCGCGCCCGGCUUCCCUCACUUCUGACGUUGUAACCGCUCGCGGCCCUCGGCGCGCCCCGAGAGGGCUUCGGUGGAGCGGCCGGCGGACUCGGUGAAAAGAUGGCACGGAGAAAGAAAAAAAUUAAAGAAGCCUUAGAAUCUCAGAAACUGGAGAAGGAGAAUGCUGAAACUCCCAGUUCUGUCAGUGGCAGGAGGAAGCGUAAACUUGAAGAUGCUUUCAUUGUGAUAUCUGACAGUGAUGGAGAGGAACCAAAGGAGGAGAAUGGAUUGCAGAACGUGGAGACAAAACAGUCGAAUAGAGCAAAUUGUUUGGCUAAAAGAAAAAUUGCACAGAUGACAGAAGAAGAACAGUUUGCUCUGGCUCUCAAAAUGAGUGAGCAGGAAGCUAGGGAGGUGAACUUCAAGGAAGAGGAAGAAGAAGAGCUCUUGAGAAAAGCCAUUGCUGAAAGCCUCAAUAGUUGCCGGCCUUCAGAUGCUUCUGCUACUAGACCUCCACCUCUGGCCACUGGACCAUCUUCACAUACCUACCAAGAGAAAACUGCAGACUCUGGGACCACUGAAGGCAUAUGGCAGCUGGCACCUCCAUCACUGUGUAAAGGCUCACAUAUCAGUCAGGGAAACGAGGCUGAGGAAAGAAAGGAGCCUUGGGACCACACUGAAAACUCUGAAGAGGAGCCGGUCUCUGUCAGCUCAGGAAGUUGGGACCAGUCAAGCCAGCCAGUGUUUGAGGAUCAGAAUGUUAAAUGUUUUGGCAGAUGUACGGGCCACUUGGCUGAGCACACAAAGUGUGAGAAGCCACAGGAAAGUACUGGGAGGGGUUGUGCUUUUCUAAAAGCCCCCCAUGGUAGGGGGGAUACAUCUAGGCACUGUUUUCCCACCCCAGUAGAUGCUAAAGAUCUCCAGGUUAUGGGGAGCACUGUGAACUACUUCUGGGGUAUUCCAUUCUGCCCUGCCGGAGUAGAUCCUAAUCAGUAUACCAAGGUCAUUCUCUGCCAGUUGGAGGUUUAUCAAAAGAGCUUAAAAAUGGCCCAAAGGCAACUUCUAAAAAAAAAAGGGUUUGGGGAACCAGUGUUACCUAGCCCUCCUUCUCUGAUCCAGAAUGAAUAUGGCCAAGGAGAUCAGGCUAGUGACAGAAAUGAAGGCAUCUCAGAAGAUGUGGGAGAUGAAGACAAAGAGGAAAGGCAGGAGUCUAGGGCAUCUGUCUGGCACUCAAAAAUCAAGGAUUUCCAAGAAAACUCAAAUAAAAGCUUGAAACAGAAACUUUUGUUGGAGGAAGAACCAACAACCAGUCAUGGUCAGUCUUCUCAAGGGCUGUUUGUUGAAGAAACUUCUGAAGAAAAAACUGCUGCACCUGUUCCACAAAGCACGGCUGCUUUGACCAGUAAGAAAAGCAUAGUCCUUAUGCCAGAGAGUUCUGCAGAAGAAAUUACUGUUUGUCCUGAGACACAGCCAAGUUCUCCUGAAACUCUUAACUUCGAAAGAGAAGCAUUUCCAAGUAGGAGAGAGACCCUGGAUGAAGUAAGAACAAUGAGAGAUAAGGAGGUUGAUAACAGGGACAAUGCCAAGAAGAAGACACCUACUCCUGCCUUCACAUCUAAUAACCAAGUGUCCUGCCCACUGUGUGACCGCAGCUUCCCGCGUUCUAAGAUCGAGCAGCAUGCCAUGUACUGCAAUGGUCUGGUGGAUGAAGACAAAGGUAAUAACUCACCAGUGUUGACUCGCAGACAAAAAGAAGCCAGAAAGAAGAGUAGCAGUGGGACAGCCAUGCAGACUUCUCUAGAUAAUGACAAGAAUGAGAAGUGUUAUGUCUGCCAAUCCCUGGUCCCAUUCAAAGAGUAUCAAAGUCAUGUAGACUCCUGUCUCCAGCUUGCAAUGGGCGACCAAAGAGAUCGGUCUGAAAAGAGUGCUAGAGCACAUUCACCUGUGGAGGGGAAGCAGCAGCCGCAGCUGAGGAACCCAAAGGAAAAAGGCCAAAAUGAAGGCCGACUCCUCAGUCUUUUGGAACAGUCUGAGCACAAGACUGCAGAUGCAGAGAUGAAUACCAAGUCUUCAGAAACAGGAACCUUCAGGUCGUCCUCCCUUGGAGUGGAAGAGGCAGCAUGCAGCGGGAAGCUGCAGAGUUCUCUCUCACAGCUUGGCUUCUCUGAGUCUCCCAUCAAAUCAUUUGUUGCCAUCUCAGAAACCACAGAUUGCUUAGUGGACUUCAAAAAUCAACUUACUGUCCAGCCAGGUAGUCGGACACGAGCCAAAGCAGGCAGAGGAAAAAGGAGAAAAACUUGAGUUUCUAGGGUUAGGCUGUGUUCCUAAAGCCAUAGCAGCUUCCAGUUCAUUGUUGAGCAAGUUUUGACCCUUCAGUUUUUACCACCAGCACCCACUCAGCAUCCUGGUUUUUAUGUUUUAUAUUAUCUAUACAGACAACUGUGUAUAGUAUUCUGUUUUAUAACAAUCUGUUUGAAUUUACUUAUAAAGAACAAUAUAUUUA